AUGGCAGCAGCACAAGAACUCCCCCCGGAACUCGCCCACGAGGACAAGGGGCCUAUGGUUCUGACGACGUGUGGCUACAUCAUGCUUGGCCUCACUAUAGCAGCUGUGCAGGCUGGCAACGGGCGUCACUUCGCUCUGCUCUCCGAUGAACAGAAGUCCGGCGCAAUCUUGUACACCCUCGCAGGCUUCUGUCCCGGGAUACUCUCGUUCGCUAUUCCUAAACUAGCUGUGGUCGCGCUCCUGACGAGAAUCACCAAUCCUAGCAAGAGACACAAGAUAAUCCUGUGGAGUAUAUCUGGUGGUUGCUUGAUAAUCCUGUUCGGCUGUGUUAUCAUCAUCUUCGCGCAAUGCACGCCAACUCGAUCGCAGUGGGACUUUUCCGUCCAAGGCACCUGCUGGAGCCCUUGGAUUCUGAUAUAUUACGCCAUUGUAGCCGGAACAUUUUCCGCCAUAGUGGAUCUCUACCUCGCCAUAUAUCCCGCUAUUGUCCUUUAUAAACUGCAAAUCAACUUCAAGAAAAAGGUUGUCCUUAGCGUUGCGCUUGGGCUAGGUUCCAUUGCUGCAGUUGUAGCUGUGUAUAAAUCGACUCGGCUACCUGCGCUUGCGAGCGCAGAUUUUAGCUACGAUACGGCCGAUAUUACCGUUUGGACGAGUAUCGAGGGUAAUGCUAUCAUCAUCGGCGCAUGCAUACCAACAUUACAGCCACUGUUCGACCAACUCCUUGGCCACGGCCUCUUUAGUAGUUUGGGAGGUGGGCGGGACCGAGGUGGCUAUAAAUCGAACGAUCGAUCUGGGUUGAAGCUCGCAACGAUCGGAAGCAAGACUCUUCGGUCAACAAAGCAACAUGGGAAGUCGGGUGUUUCUGAAGGGACACUGGGCCACGAUAGCCAGGACAGCAUUCUGGGCCCGAGCCAUCGACCCGGCAGUGACGAGAGCCAGAACGUCAAGCAAAGCUCCGGCAUCACGCGAACGCAGCAUCUGGUGGUCGAGUACGAGGAUGCGGGUGAGCCGGCGCGGGCGGCAAAACCAGCCUACGAUCUCGGCGAUACAUAG